UUUCUAAUGAUGAAGAUGGUGAGUACGACAGAGCUCUCGGACGUUUUAUGCGCAAUGAAAUCGACUACGACGAAUUUAUGCGUCUCACUGGUGGGCAAACAAUAGAGGAGGAAAUGGCAGCAGAUGGUGGAGGAGAUUCGAUGGAGGACGAAGAAGAUGAGUCUGGAACGGCAGAUGAAGUGCAGAGUCAGCCUAUCAAAGAUGAGUUCACUUCUCGUGCUGGUGGUGAUCUUCCCGUCCACAUAAGAAAUUUGAUGCAGGAAAUUGUAAACGACGAACUAGGCGCAUGUCGUGCUGAUGCCCUUCCAUCAGCAUUGCCGAUGGAGACUGAUGAACCAUCAACUUCUCAGCCAGCCGUCGCAGAUUUUUCAACAGAAAGGGAGCGUAUUCCCAGAAAACUCAGCAAAACAAUGGAUGCAUUGCUAGGACACGCUAAUGUGAUCUACGCAAGAGGAAAUACUAAAGAAGCUUUGGCAGUGUUGCUAGAGGCUAGUUCUAAUAAAAUGUCGGAUAAGUGCGCGUCAUUCUUUUCAAGCCCAAAAUCUUCAAAAACCAUCAGUUCUGCGAAUGCGCCUAUAUCAUUUUGAAA